GACAGGUCAGGUGUAGGGACUAGACAGUGCUCAGUCGUUACUUUCGAGUACUCAAUUCAUUCAAACAAUAAUUCACAUUUCACAUUUUCAUUUCACGAAUUUAGAAGAUCACUUCAACCAUGAGUUUUCAAGAUAUUCAAAGUGGUUCAAAUCCUCCUUCCCGUCGAACCCAGUCGCCAUCGCAAGCCGUCGCUGCCGGAAUUUUCCAGAUCAACACCGCCGUCGGUACUUUCCGGCGACUCGUUGACUCUGUCGGAACCGUUAAAGAUACUCCAGAGCACCGUCAGAAACUGCACAAUACGAGACAGAGGAUAUUGCAGCUUGUGAAGGAUACAUCUGCCAAACUCAAAUCCUUGCCUGAAACUAAUCGUGAUGCUAAUGCCAAUACUAGUAAGAAAAUUGAAGAUGCUAAGUUGGCAAGAGAUUUCCAAACCACAUUGCAAGAGUUUCAGAAAGUUCAACAGCUUGCUUCUGAGCGUGAAUCAACUUACACUCCGGCUGCCCCUGCUUCUAACUUACCAACAAGCUCUGGCCCUGGUCAUGAAUCGAUUGAGAUAGACCCCGAAAGCCAACCUUUUAUCAGAGGGCAGAUGAGGCAAGAGAUAGUUCUAUUGGAUAAUGAAAUAUCCUUCAAUGAAGCCAUGAUUGAAGAAAGAGAUCAGGGUCUUAGAGAGAUAGAAGAGCAAAUUGGAGAAGCAAAUGAAAUAUUCAAGGACCUUGCUGUUUUGGUUCAUGAUCAGGGGAUUGUUAUUGAUGACAUUCAAUCAAAUAUAGAUACUUCUGCUGGUGCAACAGCUCAAGGUAAGGUCCAGCUUGCCAAAGCUUCCAAAAGUGUGAAAUCCAAAAAUAAAUGGUGUUGGUGGAUGCUUUUAAUAUUUGUGGCAGUCCUGGUCAUCGUACUCAUUGUACUCCUUGUUUAAUUUGGAAUGAACAAUAAGUUGGACAAAUUUUUUACUCCCUCAUUAUUACAUUUUCAAGAUUGAUUUAAAUUGAUGAAUCUCCUCAUAUUCUAUUGGUGUCCAAAUGUGUUGUGGUGUGAAGUGUGUUUGUUUGGACCAAAAGAAAUGUGUUAAAAGAGUGUUAUUGCGGCCUUUUCAAGUCCAGUAGCCAGCAGUUUGAUGUGUUAAGUGAACAUUAGCAAGUGAAAGUUGGAAGAAAUGACUUAUAUGUAUAGCAAUUUUAGGAAAAACUAUCUUGUAUUUUUAUAUCUAUUUAUAAUAUUGAAUUUGUUGUUGCUAUUGAAAUAUUAGUUUGCAAUGGAAAUUUUGUACACCAAAUAACCAAAUUCUUUAAUAGCAAACUGUUUGUGUGUAUUUUGACAUCCCUUCUUGAGCCGCAUCCAAUUUCAACAGGAAAAAAAUAUUGUUUUUGUUAGAUAUAAAUAAAGAUUUAUUGAGAAAUUUAUAAUGAAAUUGUGAUAUAAGACAGUGUAUUUAUUGAAUUUAUUUAAAGAUUUAUAGUGAGGUAAAUCUUAGCCUCUGAUUGGUUGCCCAGUGAAUCACCGCCACCGUGCGUUCACAAUCAUUUUUACCGUGAU